AGAAGCUCGGAACUAUAUUCUGCGUCUCAGUCAACAUUAUAGCUAGUUAAAGUCAAGAUCAACAUAUUGCAAAAAAAUAAAAAUGUGCUGCAGAGCGGGUCAGUUUACAGAACAAACAAAUGAAGAGGGCAAGGUAUUCAUUGUAACCGGUUCCAAUACGGGAAUUGGUAAGGAGACAGUCUGGGAGCUAGCACGGCGUGGAGCCACCGUCUAUAUGGGAUGUCGAGACAAAGCCAAAGCGGAAGAGGCGCGACGUGAAAUUAUUGUGGAUACUAAAAACCAUAAUAUUCAUUUUAUUGAGCUCGACUUGGGAUCUCUGGAUUCUGUUCGCAAAUUUGUUGCAGAAUAUAAACAAAAACAAGAUAGACUCCACGUUCUGAUUAACAAUGCUGGAGUGAUGCUUGGUCCUCGCAAGCUGACAAAGGAGGGAUUUGAAUGGCAGCUGGGUGUUAAUCAUAUGGGCCCAUUUCUACUAACUAUCCUAUUAAUAGAUCUACUGAAGAAAUCUGCACCCAGUCGUAUUGUCAAUGUCUCCAGCGUAGCGCAUAGCUAUGGCAGGAUCAACACACAGGAUUUAAAUAGUGAGAAAUCCUACAGCGAGGUUGGCGCUUACAACCAGAGCAAGUUGGCGAAUGUAUUAUUCACACGCGAGUUGGCAGCACGCUUGGAAGGAACUGGAGUAACGGCCAAUUCUUUGCAUCCCGGUGUUGUCGAUACGGAUCUUUUCAGGAAUGUCAGAUUCAUAAACAACAACAAAUGUGGAGAAGCUCUGAAAUGUAUUGCCAAGCCUUUCAUCCGGCCAUUUAUAAAGACUCCCAAAAGUGGCGCACAAACUACUUUGUAUGCAGCUCUUCAUCCGGAUCUGGAACAUGUAACUGGUUUAUAUUUUAGUGAUUGCAGACCAAAAAAUGCAUCCAAUGCAGCCACAAAUGAGGAAACUGCAAAGUUUCUCUGGGCAGAGAGCGAAAAGUGGACAGGAGCCCCGACUGCUCCAUUGAAUUAACCGCCAAAGUUUCAUUUGUUAUCGAUCACUCGAAAUGCGAAGAUGUGGUGGUCGGCCGAUAUGCAAUCGAAUCAAGCGCGAUUUUCAAUAACAGCGAAAAAUAUGCAUUGCCAAUAACCCGUUUUAAAAAUUGCAAAAGCACAGCGCUAUGGUCAUUAAAAAUUACUUCUAUUUUCAAUCUACUCUCAAGUUUUAUUAAUACUAACAUCAAUGGUUUUCGAGAAGAAAUAAUAUCUUAAGUAAUGUGUCGCAAUACAAUGAAACUGUAAACUGUGUAAAAUGGUUUUUUUCGGUAUACAAAAACUACUCAGCAUCCUUUCUGCCCACAUUAAAAGCAAAGCCGUUUUUCUUUUU